UCUCUUUUCAAAUCCUCUCCCGCACUCGCCACGAGAACUCCGCUGAUUUUCUAACUUUCUCUCUCUCGCUCGCUCGCUUGCUAUCUUCUGUAGAUUCCGAGAGUCAAACAGUGAGCAAGAGCUUGACGGUCGGCGGCGGUUUAGGAUGGAAUAGGAACUGAGAAGUAAUCGGACCUGUUACUCUACCUCACAAUGGCGUCAACCUUACGCAUUGCCUUGAGAAAUGGGGGUGUUGGAGGGCCUAAGGCCACAAAGCUCACAGCCGAAGAAGCGAUUGGCGAAGAAAUGGCCAUGAGGAAGGCUGAAGAAGCAGCUUCGAGGAGGUUCGAGGCGGUGGAGUGGUUAAGGAAAAUGGAUCGUGGAGCAGUGGAUAUCCCGUUGGGAGAGCCGUCCGAGGAAGAGUUUUGCCUUGCGUUGCGUAAUGGGUUGAUCCUGUGUAAUGUUUUGAAUAAGGUUAAUCCUGGAGCUAUUCCCAAGGUUGUAGAGAACCCUGUUGUCGCCGUUCAGUUGGCUGAUGGAACAGCUCAAUCAGCGAUUCAGUAUUUUGAAAACAUGAGGAACUUCCUUGUUGCUGUCAAUGAAAUGAAACUUCUUACAUUUGAAGCAUCCGAUAUAGAAAAGGGAGGAUCGUCUUUUAAGGUAGUAGAUUGUAUUCUUUGUCUCAAAGCGUACCAUGAAUGGAAACUUGCUGGUGAAAUUGGCAUUUGGAGGUAUGGUGGUAUUGUGAAGAUCUCAUCUUCACAUAGAGGCUUUCCUUCCAGUUUAUUUAAUGGUGCAACUGCUGAUGAGUCCUCUGAUAAAUCUGAUAUGAUACAUGACCAUCAACUAUUGGAUGUUCUGCAUCUUCUUUCUGAGGUGUUCCUUAAAGAUUUUAAAGUAACCAACUUCCUCAGUUCUUUUGAUCAUUUUGGUGUGAGGCUUCUAGAGACACUUCUCAUAGAAUGUGCUGAUGCUGGGGAAUUUUCCUUGAAUGACACGCUCAUCGAUAUGGUACUUGAGCAAGCCGUUAAAGAGUUCUCAGCACUACUUGUAACUCGAAAAAAUCAGCUUAGUGUUGUAAUGAAGAAAACAAUGGGGGAGAACAACAAAGCAAUUUCCAAAGCAACAUUUUUUGAAGUUAUUUCAAAACAUCUUGAAGAAUAUGGGAACAACUCCCCUUCUUAUCAUGCUACAAGUUCAGAUGCAAGCAAUUUGGAUGUUGUUGAUUUUCAACAUAAACAGCUGGAGAAGCUAAAAUCAUCCUUCAAUGACUUAAAAGCUCAAGUCAAAAGAGAUCAUGCAAAGUGGGAGGAAGACCUGAGAAAUUUUCAGCUCUAUAUGCAAGGACUUGAAUUGAACACCUCUUCCUAUUAUAAGCUCAUUGAGGAAAAUCGUUUUCUAUACAAUGAAGUGCAAGAUCUUAAAGGUUGUAUAAGGGUCUAUUGUCGAGUCAGACCAACCUUAAUAAAUAUUUCAGAUGAAAGAUCUACCAUCGAUUAUAUUGGUGAGAAUGGAAGCAUAAUUAUAAAGAAUCCUCAUAAACAAGGGCGAGAUGCAAGAAAGAUUUUUUCGUUCAAUAGAGUGUUUGGAAUGAAUUCUACACAAGCUGAAGUGUUUGCUGACACCAAGUCAUUAAUUAGAUCAGUCAUAGAUGGCUACAAUGUAUGCAUAUUUGCAUAUGGACAGACUGGAUCUGGGAAGACAUAUACAAUGAGUGGUGCAAAUUUAUCUGUUGCAGAAACAUGGGGUGUGAGCUACCGUUCUUUGAAUUAUCUGUUUGAUAUAUCCAAGUCCAGAACAAGUAUUGUGAACUAUGAUGUCAGCGUUCAAAUGGUUGAAAUAUACAAUGAACAAGUAAGGGAUCUCUUAGUUACUGAUGGCUGCAUGAGAAGACUAGAUAUACGAAACAAUUCUCAGCUCAAUGGUCUCAACAUUCCAGAUGCCAAGUUGGUUGCUGUCACUUGUACGCAAGAUGUUUUGGAUUUGAUGAAAGCUGGUCUGGCAAAUCGUUCUGUGGGAGCCACUGCACUGAAUGAAAGAAGCAGCAGAUCUCAUAGUGUUUUAACGAUUCAUGUGAAAGGGAAAGAGUUGGCUUCUGGCUCUAUCCUAAAAGGUUGUCUUCAUCUAGUUGAUCUUGCUGGGAGUGAGAGGGUGGAGAAGUCUGAAGUUACUGGAGAAAGGUUGAAGGAAGCCCAACACAUAAAUAGAUCACUUUCUGCUCUUGGUGAUGUUAUUUCUGCACUGGCACAAAAAAGUUCUCAUAUCCCAUAUAGAAACAGUAAACUUACUCAAGUACUGCAAGAUUCUUUAGGUGGGCAAGCCAAGACUUUGAUGCUUGUGCAUAUAAAUCCCGAGAUUAAUGCUUUUGGUGAAACAAUAAGCACGCUUAAGUUUGCGGAGCGUGUUUCUUCAGUUGAGCUUGGAGCCGCUCGUGUUAAUAAGGAAACUGGUGAACUCAGAGAACUUAAAGAGGAGGUCUCCACUCUGAAAUCAAAGUUAGAGAGUAAAGAAAUGGAAGUGCAGAAGCUGAAAGAGUACGCCUCUUUGGCUGAUUCAGAGAUGCAUAAUAACAGAGCAAUAUCACCUUCAAACUCGCAGAAUUGUAAUUUCAUCUUAAGAAAUGAAAGUAUUCAAAGGGCACUAAGCAAUCCUGGAGUUGUUGAGUGAUAUGCAGUUCAGCAGCAGCUCAUCUGGGAAUCAUAGAAAGCCUCAUUUUGGAAUGACCAUUUUAAACAAGGAAUCCUUGGGCAAGGAUCUUGCUUCCAGGUCACCUCUUUCUGCAGGAGAUAGCUGCA